GAGUCGAGCACGGGUACACCACCCAAGGUCACCAUUGCGCCUUUGCCGGCUCGACUGAUGAACUUCAUCCCGCCUGCGAACUAUGGCAUGGUCGAACGCAAUACGGUGUACCGCAGUGGUUUCCCGCAGGACAAGCAUCUUGACUUCAUGGGAUCGCUGAAGAUCCGCUCGAUUCUCAAACUCGUCGAUACCGAACCCAGCGAAAGCCUCCACAACUUUCUCGACUCCAACAAGGUCAAUCGCGCUCACAUCUCCAUCGCCGCCAACAAAGAUGGUAUGGUGAAGAUGACAAAGGAGUCCAUCGCCCAGGCAAUCCUCUUCGUCUCUAACCCGGCCAAUUAUCCUGUCUACAUCCACUGCAACCAGGGUAAACACCGUACGGGCUGCGUCAUCGCCUGCCUCAGGAAAUGUCAAGGUGUCCCUCUCAAUGACGUCCUGGAAGAGUACAAGACGUAUGCCUACCCGAAAGAACGGCCUGGCGACGUCGCUUUCAUCACAGCCUUCGAUCCGCAGUGCUUGGAGCACUUCGCCACCCGGGAG